AUGUUUCCCGGCGUUGACAAGGCGGUUGAGGCGCUGCUUCGUGGCCAAGAAAGCGCCAACCGCUUGAAGACGGUGCUUGGACAACCGAGGACAAGCUCAGUUCCAACAGAGCCUCUCUUCGAUACCGUUCUUGAUUCUUUUUCAGUUGCUCUCUCUCUUUUUACAAAUUUCACUUCUUCUAACCCUCAACCACACCCUGUGGCUCGAAAACCGUCCAUGAAAACGAGCCAUGGGAAAGACGGUUUAGAGCAUUAUUACAUAGAUGAUUCACCAGAUCCGCACCACAACGACGGUUUUUGCUGGAGGAAGUACGGACAAAAGAAAAUAAAAACUUCUUCCCACCAAAGAUGUUACUAUCGUUGUGGAUAUGCGAAAGAGCGGAACUGUAAUGCUACAAAGCGGGUGCAGCAGAUCCAAGAGAGCCCUUCGGUGUACAGAACAACUUAUGUCGGAAAACACAUCUGUCAAGUUGAUGCUUUUUUGCAGCCUCAAGACGAUAUUACAAACUGUUCCAAGAUGAUCCGGUUCGAUAAGCUCGACCAAACUAUGUCUGAAUCGGUUAUGCCUCAACUCGUAUCAGUUGAGCACCAGGCAAUCACCAUGGAAGACGAAGGCACGGACCAAAUCAUGAACCAAGGAUGUGAUAAUAACGAAGGGUUGGUGGAUGAUGGCCAGUUAUGGGCGUAUCAGGUUCCUCCGUGUUCUCCUGGAAAUUUUAUCUUCUUGGAAGAUAUUUCUGCUUUUGAUUACAAUCCUUUCCACGUUUGAAACUGCACUUCUUCCACCUUCUUAUGUUCACAUUGUGGAGACUAUUUGCUUCUUCACUUUUUUUAGUAUCGGUUGUUCGCUAUAUCUUGUUUAGUUUAUAUUUUGGUGAUUUAGAUUCAUAGUUCGUCACACAGUUUUUGCCUCAGUUUUACGUCACGCCAAUGAUGUAGUUUGUCAAAUAUUAAAAAAAAGUACUGUGUAUAUCUUUUGAAUGAUAUAUAUUCAGACCAUAAAGAAACUCGUUGAG